AUGAGAGGUAUUAGUUGGACUUGGCGCGAACCUGGAGACCGCAAGGAUGGAUUAUAUACCUCGCCUUGCGACAAUAGGGCCUGCUGCGGCAAGUCUGGCUUCUGUGGGUAUAGUUCUACAUACUGCGGUACAUCUGGAACAUCUCCCAAUGAUCUGUCCUGGAAUAAUUGCGACGCCCACGCCGAGUGUGGCAAGGAUUUAGUCUCUGGCAAUAGAACCUUAUGGUUUCUGUGGAGCUGGCUGCCAAAAUGGGUGCAAUAUACCCGGCUCGGGGCAACAAACAGCAGCACGCAGAACAGAAUUAUUGGCUACUAUGAGUCUUCGGCAAAUAGAAAACAAUGCAUGGGCAUAAAUAUUAACCAGAUCCCAAUUGAGAAUUUGACUCACCUGAACUAUGCAUUUGGGUAUAUCACCCCGGGAACGUACGAGAUUGGCGCAAUGUCCGGUGUAGAUGCCUCGACUUUUUUUGAUUUCAUAGCCUUGAAGUCCAAGAAUAGUGACCUAAAGGCUGGUUUGCAUGGUCCCGGUACGGCUGCGCAACCCAUCGUCUUUUCGGAUGAACCUUCGCCUCUGAGCCGGUCUAUCAAUCUUAACUCACUAGGUGUUGGGAACCCUAGUUCAAUGAAGGCUCUCUUGAUUUGCUGGUACAGCCUCGUAGCGUUACCUCCACCACGCGAUAUCAUUCAGCAGGACGACGUAGCUAGGUUAAAGGCGAAGAGGGCCGGAGGCGAGAUGGAGGAAGAUCCGGCCGUAACGACGUGCGUAGGACGCGUCGUAGUGUCGUCAACUAGAGCUCGAGAAGCUCUGGAAGGCGCUGACGGCACCGACGCCACUGCUGCAACUAGGAAGACGACAUUAAAAGCAAAGCCAACUGUAGUGAGGAAGCCUGCUAGUUAG